AUGACCCGAUUAACUCGUUCUUCCACCGCUGUUGCUCCUUCAGAUCACUCAGCAAUUGUGACUUUACAUUACUCUCCUCAAAAAUACCACCAACGCUUCCCAUCCAGUUUGCCUACUAAAAGGAGAAAACUAUCAUCGUCUACAAACCAACAAAAGUCAAUGGUAUCAAGUGGCCCGGUGGUCAAUAAGACCCCUUACAAAUUGCCUCACAAAUCUCAAAUGACGGCACCUUCGAUCGAGCUUGUUGAUUCGCUUCGAUCAUUCAAGUUCCGCACCAAUAAUUCAUCAGAGUUUUCCCAAUCCCAACGAGAUUGGGAAAACAUGUCGGAAAAAGUGGUUUGCGCAUUAAAGUGGUACAAGACGUUGCUGAAGUAUGCAGAAAUAAAGAAACUCCAACUUGAGCAACAACAACAACAACAACAACAACAACAACAACAACAAAAAGAAGAAGAAGCAAAAAUCAAGCCUGAGACAUCACAAAUAAUCCCAUCGACGACAAUAAAAUCAACCGAUUUGCAAAAUCACUCGACCGACCAAUCACAAGCCAAUAGCCAUCACACGCCAAUAUCAUCAGAUAAACCCCUGGUAUCCUCCAAUUUUUCUACCACACACUCUUCAGUUGUCGCAAAUAGAACUUCCACUGCUUCGUCAGUUGAAGAUGACCAAUACCCUAUACCUUCCAGUCCCACCAGCAGCAAUACACAUUCGCCUAGUACAUUAACCCCAUCCCCCACCCCCAGCCCCCAUUAUUCCAAUGAGACCACCAGAACCACCAGCAGGCCCACCGCCACGAGAAAUCAAGUAAAUUACGAACUUACCGAGGUGAAUGAUUUCAGCGCCACCGACCAUAAUAUCCUGACAAGAUCUUCCAAUCGAGCGCCCCAGCCGAUGGGAAAUAUCAAUCAACCCAAUGGUCUCCCCGCUUUUGAAACUCGGUCGACGGUCGAAGUGGGUACUGAUCAUUGA